GGACAGAAUUGAGCCACAAAAACGGGGUUGCAAUGAGAAUGUGCAGAAUGCCAUGAAAGAGGCCGAGGAGGAUGUGAAGCCUGGGGAUUCCGUGUCGGCGACGGGAGAUGCCGAUGAGAGGAACGAGGAGGACGCCAAGGAGGGCUCCAGCGCCACCGGCAGUGCCACGGGCAGCGUGGUGCAUAAGCCAAAGCGGAGGGAGCCAUGGACGGGUGAGGCCUGGUCCGUUGAUGAUGGCCUUGUUCUGAACAUGCCCCUCUUCAAGGGCUGUGGCAUUGAAUUCAAGCGCCUGUUGUUGCGGGCCAUCCGUGAGUGGGAGUACCACGACGCCGGCAAGGAGACGUGGUACGACCCGGACUACGACGAGAUUUGCACCCUGGAGAAGUUGCCCAAAGAUCGGCUGCCUCCACUGCACAAGCCCUUCAUCGGCAUGAAGUUGGAUCCCGGAGAGUACAUUGCUCGUGGAGGUGACUAUGAUGACAAGCUCGUGGUCAUCAUCAGAGGCACAGUGGAGAAGCUCGUGGGAGAUGCUCCGCAGGGCGGUCAAUGCAUUGUGCGGACGCUGAAGCGUGGUGACUGCGAGGGCAUCACGGAGUUCCUGGGCGUGGGCUCGGAGCAGCGCACCUGCGCGCUGCGCGCUGGCCCGGAGGGCGCCCGCGUGCGCUUCGUGCAGCGCCAGGCGCUCACGGAGCUGCUGCUGGAGAAAGUCAUCGACGAGAAUGCUGUGCAGCCUGAGGAUCCGGACGACCCCCGAAUCAUGCGGCUGAAGUGGGCUCACGAGGUGGCGUACUUCAACGAGCUCUCCUUGGAUCGCAUCGACUCGCUGAAUCACAAGGAAGCGCGGAACCUCUUGACCUGGAACCCUGGGCCGGUGGAUGGUCCGGACAAGCCCUUGGACUUCUUGCAGAUCCCGGGCCAGUCCGUCUUCAUGGUGGACAAUGCUCUGGGAACAUCCGUCUCUGGUCCCCUGCCAGAAGGUAUCGAGGAAAGAUACUACUUCGACAAGCAGACCAUCCUGCGGCCUGGGGUACCUGGAGAUUGCGCCAUCCUCAUCCUCCGCGGCCAGGUGGAGGCGCUGGUCCCGGAGGGCUGCGCAGGCAACUGCCUGCCACGGGCCUGGGAAGCAGACGAGGAGGAUGCCAUGAAGUCCUGGCUUGGGGAUGGACGAGAUGGCAGAGCCGGGGACAACACCGUGAUGCCUGUGGCAAAGCUGGCGCCCAAGGCGCCGCAGCAAGAGCUUGACGCGGACCGUGAGAAAGUGCGGAAAUACCUGGCGGAGCUUGGCGACAAAACAGCCGAGCAGGAGGUGGCCAUGGUGUCGCUGGUGCUGCCACAGAACAUCAAGAGGGCGAUGGCGCAUUUGAGGAAGGCGGCAGAGGAUGGCUUGCUGGACCUGAGCUCCAUGAAGACAUCGGACUGGCGGUGGCUAUGGGGUGACCGACAGGUGCUGGUGGUCUUUGAUACCUUGGAGCGAGCCCGGCUCCUCAGCUCAUACGGUUUGGAGGUGGCGGAGCAGGUGCGGCUCUUUCUGAACCCUCCGGAGGAGGAGCCGCCGCCGGAGCCACAGGCGGUGCUGGGCCCUGGCAUGCAGCUGGGGCGCCUGGCGCUGCUGGGCGUGCCCAUCGUGCUCUCGGGCGUGGUGAGGGCCAAGGGGCCGGUGCUGGUGGCCAUCUUGCACAGAUCGGUGUUGCUCCAAGCGCUGGGCAACUGCGCUGAAGUCGAGCUCUUCAUGCCCCAAGGGCUGACGAUCCACGACCGCCUGGAGGUGCUCAAGGCUUUACCCUCCACCAAGAACGAGGUCAAGGACCGCCCCUCGCACCUGGGCCCUAUUACCGGGCCGCCCGCGCACAAGGACCGGGGCGACCAAGCGGAGGCUGCUGCUGGUACCUUCGCGGCCUUCGCAGAGCCCAGUGGUCGCUACAGGCAAGUUCCUGGUGCAGAUGCCUUCGAGCACGUGCUGAUGAGUGCGCUGAAGAGCUACUCAGUGAUUUGGGACUUGGUGCAUGAUGCACCUCCUCGCUUGCUGGAUCAGCUGGUGAGGGCUUGGGAGCCUCGAUGGCUACUACCUGGUGAAACCAUUGUAGCCGAUGAGGAGCCGGAAGCAGACUUUGUUUUCGUCUUGGUGCACGGAUCCUGUGUGGUCCUGCUGGAAGAUCGGGAGAUCGAGAACGUGGGGCAAGGAUCUGUGCAGGGCGCUGCCCAGCUACUGGCGCUCAACGGCUGGACGCGCACUGUGCAGGUGGCGCCCACCUGCAACGGGGAAGCCAUGAUCCAGGUGAUGACUCGACAGAAGCUGCUGGACAUGCUGGAUGGUCACCCGCUGCCAAAGGCCCGUCUGCGAGCACUGGAGCAGUCACUCCAAGAGGGCAAGGAGGCAGACUGGCGGAUCCUGAAGAACAUUCCGGCAUUCGGAUCUUGCGCAUACCAGCCUUUCCUCACUCGGUUGCACAAGGAUGCGGACAUUCGCCUCUUUUGCGCCGGCGACAUGGUGGCUUUUGCUGGCGAUGACUCCGCGGCUAUGAUGGUGGUCCUGGCCGGCAAAGUGCGGUGUGAGCAGCCGCAGACACUGUUCUUCGUGGAGCUGCACCGUGGGGAGUGGUGCUACCAGGACAACAUCUUGGGCAACACGCCCACCUUCGGCCACGAUGCUGUCGCGGUGACAAAUGUGUUGGUCCUGGUGCUGUACCGCCACGCCAUGCAGAAUGCAAUGGUGGCCUAUCCGGACACGCGGAAGGUGGUCAUUGCCAACGAGACCUGGAGGAAGCAAACCAACUGCCCAGAUCCGUCAGCCUUGAGCGUCUUUGCCAAGCUUCCCGCUCCCCUCCUCUCGGAUGUGGUGGAGGAAGCAAGGCCCGUGUACUACCGACCGUGCUCGCUCUUGUACUCGCCGGGCGAGAUCAUCGAUGACAACUCCAUGCUAUUUGUGCUGAGGGGUGAGUUGUCCCUGACCAUCAUGGGCAUCGAAGUGCGGCGCAUCGGCGCAGGUGGCCACGUGGGCUUGCAUCACUUCAUGGAGCUCCAGUGCCCAGCCCCAAAUGUGACAAUUCGAUCCACCCAAGCCUGCGACUGCCUGCUGCUACAGCAGUCCACCAUCCAAAAAGCCCUGGAUGACGAACUCAUGGAGGACGACAUGUUGCCGUACACGGCCUCUGUGCGGGUGCUCGAGGGUGGAGAGAUUCUCGAUGCCUUCGGCUUCCCUGUGGGCGACGGAAGUGCCAAGAACGUGCCGGACUGCGUCGAGCAAAGCGAGGUCUUCCGUGCUUGCUCCAAGAGCUUCGUCGCGCAGAUCGCGGAGAUCGUGGAGGAUCUUGCCUUCUGGCCGGGCGAGAAGAUCUACCAGCAGUAUGAAGAGGGCCACUUCAUGUACUUCGUUCGAGCCGGCCGCAUCCGGCUCGAGGUGCUGGGGCGCCGGGAGCCUGAGAUCGUGGAGGCCGGCACCACGUUGGGCGACAUGGCCGUGCUGGACCAGGUGCCGCACUACGUGGAGUCGGCAUAUGCGGAGACCCACGUUUGGGUGCGAGUCUUGCACAAGAAGUUGCUUCGGCGAUCUCUCUCCUCAUUCCCGGAGGAGGAGAGGUCCAUGCUGGGCCAGGUGCAUGCGGCCAACCCAGGCAUCUUCGGAUAAGUCUCACCUGCAUGCCGAGUCUCACCGGGGCAAAGCCCGCUGUUUCACUCCCAGAGCCGUCGCAAACAUCCGCAAGCGACCGCAAUCACCAUGUCAGACGACUGCAAUUGAGUUGUGACGACCCGCAUUCCCCGGUUGUAAGUGCAGA